AUGGCCUCAAAACAUAUUUGUUUGUACAAUGUGCUUUGUAUUGUGGUGAUCAUGGCAUUUAUACCACUGAACUUAUCCGUCAGAUUGUUACCAGGUAUUCAAGUGGACAAUGAUUUGGUUCAACUGGAUGAUGAAUCCACUAUAGUAGAAAAUGUAAGAGAAACAGUCCAGGAAAUUGAUCCCAUGGAGGGGAAGCUUUUACAAGAUGAUAAGCUUGAAACUUGGAGGGAUUUAAGAACAAUUGAAGAAGUAAUCAAGCAAAACCUAGAGGCUUCAAUCUUCAUGACAAGAGUGGAUUAUUACACAGAUGCAAUUCUAAAAGACUGCCCAUUUCAUAUCACCCCAUAUUUAUCAGAUAAACAGACUGGCAAAAAGAAAAGAAUAGGUCUUUUUGAAGAUCUGAUUCAUUCCAUCAUCAAAAUAAUGAAAGGUCACUCAGCUGAACCAGAACAUCCAAAGCUGCAUCUUCUUGAAGAAGAAUUGUUAGUCUUACUCAAGAAUAUUCCACCACCUAAAAGCCAACAGGAAAGGAGGAAAAGAUCUGGCCCAUUUGUGGACUUUUUGAUGUCAAAACUGGGAUGGUAUUUAUUACUUGAUAGUCUUCAAAUGUCAGGAAACUUGAGAUAUGGUGUGAAAGCCUCAUCUCAAAUUUUCUGCAACUCAGAACAACUCACAACUGAGAGAGAUAAUGAAUUGAAACAUGGUACCUAUUACAGAAAUUAUAUGCAUAUUUUUGAAAUAUUUGAAGCAUUGGUAUUUGAUGGUUUGCAAAAUAAGGAUCUGAUAUUGGAUGUUGCUAAAACCCAGUACAAAAGAAUAAAACAAAAGAAGAUUAUUCAAAAACAUUUGGGUAGUAUUGUUGAUAUCCAUAGAUAUCUGGUCAACCAAACUCCAUGGUCUGGACACCCAUGGUCUCCAGCUCCAUUUUUCAAAGAUCCUCUGAAAUCAUGUGGCCCAAAAUCAUCUGAAACCGCUCACAAACUUUGGUUUAUUUUUGGUGGAAAUGAUCACAAGAUAUCAAAUACUCUUGAUACAAUGUCAGAAGAGGAUAUGGCUCUGGAUUACAAGGUCCCAGAACUUCUCAAGGAAGUAUUGAAUUCACAGCCAUUCAUAGAUUCAAAUCUGGAGAACAAAUUGAACUAUAAAUUUGCAAUAAAACAUAUGUGCAAAGCAAUUGAUCUGGUAUUGGACCUUGAUAAUGAUGAGCCUGCAGUACUUUCAAUCCUGCGUGAAAUAUUCACAUGCUCAAUUGAGUAUAUUUCCAAGGUAGAGAACUGCAAUGAAUGUAAAAUGAUUAUCAACAACAGUGUUAUGUUCUACCUCUUUAUUCGACGGGUUGGAAAUGUUCUCAAGCAACUUAUGGAAAGUCAGUUUCCCAAUAUACCUCUGGAAAUGAAAUUAAACACACCACAGUCUAUGGGUUACUAUUGGGCUUUGACCAAUUUCAGGCCAAACAAUCAUAGUAAGUCUGAAGCAAGAUGGUCCAGAUGGUUUUUUGGACUUGGAAAAACAUAUCGGGAUCAUCUUUUUGCCUCUCAAAAACUUAAAAAUAUUUACAAUCAGAUGGGGUCAGCCUAUCAUAAAACUGUGUCUAGUUCAGGGGAAAGAAGUGUUAUCAUGAAGCAUCCAGAAGAUCUCAGUCACCCAGAACUGUUUCCUGGCACCAGAGAACUCUACAAAGGCAAAGAUGUUCUUGAUGGAAAAUACAAUUAUUUUAAAGGAGAAGCUUUUUUGCGAUUGAAAGAUCUACUGGCUACUGGUGAAUUGUAUGAUAUGUUCACAAUCAGUCAACGAAAAGGUCAAAAUGUGGUAAAUCCAAGUGUCAAUAUUGAAAAGGAUUUAGCUAAAGAAGUAAAGAAAGAUGUGCGGUUAAAAGCAAUUACCCAAAGGAAGAUUAAAGUGUUAGGAUCACUUGAAUAUAAUGAAGACAGAGUCUUUUCAAAUGAAUUUUCAAAGGCCCUGAUGACUGUAACUUCUGAUGACUCAAGAAAAAAUGAGCAGAAGUUAGGCCCACCUGAAGAUUCUCCUAGAACUAUUUUCUCCAAAACCAGAAAUUCAACAGACAAAUUUAAAAGCAUCAAAGAAAUCUUUCCUCAUUGUGAAAAGGUUGGACAGAAAAGCACUGACACUACUUUACCAUCAUCUUCUAAGAAUGGACAGGAGCCUCCCAGCUUCCCAGAGACAGAAGGUUAUUAUAAUAGUGACACCCCCAUCCAGCCAUGUGUGCCUCCUCAAAAAAGAAUGUUGUCAACAAACACAGAUAUCUUUCAGGAAAGAAUCUCUGAUACAGGAGUGCCAAAGAAAUCAAGAACACAGGCUGUUCACGUCAUAGAGCUACCAGAAGUCCAAAAAUCACAAUCUUCUAUCAAUAUCAUUGAUACUGAUUCAAAUGUCUUCAAACUGCCUCCACAUCAUAAAGAUCACUCACCUCUUCAAACUCCAAAUGACUUAUGCAUUGAAAAGGCCCAUUUGUUUGACCUGAAUGAAGUUCCAGAGGUACCCUCUGACAAACAAGGUCAUACUGAACAGAGAUUCACUUGUCCAUCCAUGAUGGACUUGAAAAAACUAGACAGUGUCCAGGAUGCUACACUCCCUGAUCUCAAUCAGCCUGUAGAUAUGACAGAAUAG